AUGGCAGUACUGAACGGUAUACAACAUUUGCUAGUUGAAAAUGGUGGGAUUGAUGAGGACUACGUCGCAAAGCACGUGAUUGGUAUCGACGAUUUACCGAAGAGUGUCGAAAAGUACAAUCCCAAAUAUGUGGAAGAAAUCACCGGCAUUCCGGAAGAAAAGCUUAGCAUAGCAGCCGAGGUCAUUGGUACCACUAGUAGUAUGCUUCCGACUGUCUUGCAGGGGGUGUAUCAGUCCAAUCAAGCUACCGCAAGUGCCUACCAAGUCAAUCAUGUUAAUCUGCUCUGCGGCUGCAUCGGACGAGCUGGCCGCGGACUCUAUCAAUUGAAUGGCCAACCUACCGCACAAAGCAAUGAGAGGCUGGGUGCGGUGGAGAGUAUACAGGACUCAAGAAUUUUGAGAAUCCUAACCAUAUGCAAGAGCUCGCGGACAUCUGGAAUGUUGAGUAUCACAAGGUCCCGCAUUGGAAUCAGCCUACUCAUGUAG